CGGGCGACUAUAACAUUAAUCUGUCAUAGAAACUAAACUGAACAAUAGCGUUAUAAUUGUCUUCAAAUGUAAGCAAUAGUUGUUGUCCGGGGGGAUCAUUAAUCUCAUCAAAUAUAAACGAAGGGGUGAGUAACCCCAAGCAGAAAGAUCAAUGAUCCCAAAUGUAAAGAUAUGUUGUCUUGAUAAAUGUAACCAAAGGUUGUUAACUUGGCUAAAUGUAAAACAAAAAGUUGAUUGACCCCAUAAAAUGUAUACAAACGGAUCAAUGACCUCGGCAAAAAGCAAACAAAAGGGUCAUUGGCCUCGUAAAAUGUAAGCAAAGUUUAUUGACCCCAUAAAAUGUAAAAAAAGGUCAAUGACCCCAAAUGUAAACAAAGGUUGUUGUAUUAGCUAAAUGUAAACAAGGAGUUCAUUGACCUUAUAAUAUGUAAACAAAGGUUCAAUGGGUGGAAAAAAGUGAACAAAUGCGUCAUUGACCUCUAAAUGUAAACAAAGGUGUCUGUGAUCCCAAAGGUAACCGUAGGUUGUGGACUAGUCCAAACGUCAACAAAGGGUUUUGAGCCCUAUAUUUUCGUGCUGUUAUUUGAAUUGUAAACAUCCAUUGUGAACACUCUUCGCCAAAAGAACAAGAAUGCUUGUCAUAAAAAAUACUAAACACAAGAUAUUUGCAUUAAAAUUGCUGCUAACUUUGCAAAAAUAAAGUUAAUAAAUAUUAAUAAGAAUUUCACACAACAUAUAAAUGAAAUGACUGCUAUGGCACAACAGAAAUAUCACUGCGGUGAAGUGUAUGUUUCUAAUAACAACUACCGUGUGACGCUGGAGUGCAAGUAUUGUAAUAAACAAUUUACUGCUUAUGAUAGUUUUCUGAAUCACAUCUUUGAUGAUCACUUUGAUGAUAUUGAUAAUAAGGAUUCCACAAAUGAAACCCUCGAAUUUGAUGAUAUGGAGGUUUUAAAAGCUUUGGAGGAUAGCGAAUAUGCUGCUGACAACGAUUGCAAUGACAUCAACGAAGACACGCUACAACAACAUCAACAUUGCAAUGUUCUCAAAGAGAUCAUAGAAAACACUACCGCUGAAUUAAAUGAGAAUAGUCAAUCUCUGGAAAACACAUUUACUAAUGGAGGAAAUGAAUCUGGCUAUGUGAGAAAUGCAAAUGUAUCUACGGAAAUAUCGAUUGGCAAUACAAAAGUAGACAAACAAGCCAAUAAUGAUGCAGAACAGACUGAAACUAUUGAGCCAAAUUCCGCUUCAAGCGAUUCAUAUUUCCGCCCGGUCCUUAAAUUUCGGAAGAUUAUUGAUGAAAAAGAGCGCAAGCUUAAAUGCAGAUUUUGUGAUCAAACUUUUGAGAAAACGUGCAUUUUACGCAAGCAUGAACAGCGACAUUCGAAUAAUAGACCUUUUAGUUGCACAAAGUGUCCUAAAAGAUUUUUUUCACUCACCGAGUUAAAUACACACAUAAGGUGGCACACCGGCGAACGGCCUUUUGUAUGUUCCUUUUGUGGCAAUAGCUAUACAACGUGCGGUGCGUUAAGUUACCACGAAAAACGACAUCUUGGUGAACGAAAAUUUAAAUGCGAUCAUUGUGAAAAAAGAUUCUAUGGAGCAACCGACUUGCGAAACCACAGUGUAGUACAUACAAAAGAACGUAAUUACACGUGUGAUCAAUGCCAAGCAAAGUUUUCAAGACCUACAACUUUGCGAAUGCAUAUGAAAUUGCAUGAAAAUGCUUUGCGGUAUACAUGUAAAGUAUGUAAAAUGAGAUUCAAUCAGAAACCUACAUUGAUAUGGCACGAAAAAAGCAAACAUGCCGUUGUGCGAGGUGCAGCUGCAUCUAGUAACAUCACUGUUACAAACCUAUCUAACGAAUUAUCCGAUAACGGGGAUACAGAAUAUAGGUAUACGUGUUGUACUACUGAGUUUGAGGAUAAUGAUUCAUUUUUAAAGCACCAAAAUGAUGAGCACGCCGUAGAAGCCAUAGCGUCGUUGGAAACUUUCGAAGAAACAGAUAGUGAAUACGUCGAGUGUAUUUAGUGAUUUAAGUGUUACUAUUUAUAAGUGAAUACAAUAAGAUGCCGGUAAUGUAGUCAAUAAAAAAAACAAACAA